AUGCCAGCCAUGAGCAGUAAUCGUCCCUUCUUCUCCAACUUCUGGGCCACUUUUCGUGCCCACUCUGCCGCCUUACCCAAGUCAAAUCCGUCCAUCUCGACUACUUCCUCAGCCGCUGCAGCAGUCAGUACUUCACACUCUCAAACCGUCUGGUCUUCGACUUCGACAACAAAUCCUUCUCAAUCUUCUCCUAAUGCCGCUUCGGCUCCUCGUGCUAUCAAUUCCAAGUCGGCUACUUCGAACCAACCCACCACUACUCCCGUGCAACCAACACCACUGCACCCAGCUUUAUCUCCUCUUCAGCACAAUGUUUCGCCGCUCACCCAUGGCCCGAGAUCUCCUCCUUCGCCCGGCUUGGGUGUGAACUCGGCUGGCAUGCCAGUAUAUGGCCCUCCAAAUCGUCCACCGCCCAGCUAUCCCACAGCCCCAGAAGCUCGACGCAACCGCAGGGGGUCUGACAGCAGCUCUGAAGGUGGUAUGGGGUAUAGAGACGUUCUUGGAGCUGAAAAGUGGUACAUUGGCGGCAGGACUGCUGCAGGCGAAGAAAGAUUCUACAAGCUCAGCAUGGUACGCCGUGACACGAGUGCUGAUCGCCUCAGCGCUGACAGGCUGAGCCUUUGA